AUGAGCUCACAGCCAUCGUACCUCAUCAUCGGGGCUGGAGUCUUCGGUGUCUCCACCGCCUACCACUUGAUCAAAAAGUACCCCGAAGCACAUAUACAACUAAUUGACCGAACACAAUACCCCUGCCCUCUUGCCGCAUCCUGGGACUGGAACAAAGUCAUCCGUGCAGACUAUGGCGACCUCUUCUACAUGGAAAAGGCGUUGGAAGCCAUACAGUACUGGCGACAUGACCCCCUCUUCAGGCAAUUCUACCACCAGAGCGGUUUGGUCAAUAUCGACAAUACCGACCUGGGUGGAGAGAUCUUGAAGAACUAUGAGAAGCUUGGAGUUAAGGUUGAUGCGGAGAUGGCGAGCCCGGAGCGCUUCAAGAAGAUGUACGAUUCUUUCUACGAUAACACCGAUUUCUCUGAAGUUGGCGAAGUCUUCGUGAACAGAGACAGUGGGUGGGCUGAAGCUACCAAAGCCUUAACUGCUUACACCGACGCCGCGAUCGAGGCAGGAGUCAAGUAUACCGCAGCAAACAUCGACGUGUUGACCUUCGGUGCUGAUGGAGAAUGUACUGGGGUUUUAACGAAAGGCGGUGAAAACAUCACAGCAGAUCGCAUCAUCUUGGCUACUGGUGCAGGCACAGCCAAACUCAUCGCCGACAGUGCCCCGAGCAGAAAAGAGCUACAAGUCGACGGCCGUCUGGUAGCCGGAGCGGUCGUUACUGGUAUCGUCAAUCUCGACCCAAAGAAUGGGCAGCAAUACACCGAGAUUCCGGUUACAGUACAUUCGGUCCUACCAACACGAGAUCAAGAUCCAUACACCGUCAAGUUCUGUCGAGACGAGGCCUACAAAAAUACUGUCAAACACGAAGCUUCCGGCCAAGAAUUCUCGUCUCCACCAAACGAGCCCGGCCAAGCGCAGAAGCAGCCGAACGAAGCUCUUAAGCAGCGGCUUGAACUCGUCAAGAACGGCAUACUGGGUGAACCUGGGAAGAACGUCAAGUUUGACGAGUAUCGUGUGUGCUGGUAA